CUAUGUUUGAUAUGAUUUAAUGCCAGCGGUGCGGUAUCAGCACCGGGAGUGCUCCAAACUCGAAAAUAUCUCUCUUCCUUGCCUAAAAUAAAAGGACGCAAGCAAAACAUUGGGCGCAUCCACCCCAAGCCAACACCAGCCAGGCAAGAGGUAAUCUCUCCUCCUCCGCCAGCAGGACCAAAUCGACGCCAGGACAACUCUUGCUGUCUCUCUUUAAUUUAUUUAUUUAUUUAUUUAUUCAUUUAUUUAUUCACGCACCGUAACAAGACUACCAUAGCAUUAAAAAUCUCCAAAGAAAGAAAACGUCACUUUUAGGUCGGUAAACAUUGAUAGCAUGAUUCUGGAAUCAACCAGAAAGAAUUAAAAAAAAAAUAAAUAAAUAAAUAAUUACGAAACUUUGGCUUAGUUGGACUUGUAAGGAAACUUCCAGAUCAUUCUAGAGUUCCAUCAUCAGUCCUUCUUAAUCCCCCACCCGAGCCGCCUCCCUUCUAAAUUCUAUUCCUUUUCUUUUCUAAUCUGAAUUCCAAAAUCUCUCUCGCGAGGUGAGAUGGCGGCGGAGUCGGAGAGCCAGGAGGCGAACGCGGAGCAGCGGAUGAGGGAGGCGGCGGCGGAGUCGGAGAGCGAGGCGGCGGAGCGGGUGAGGGAGGCGGCGGCGGAGUCGGCGGGCGGCGGGGAGAGGAGGAGAUUCUUCCCGAUCUACGUCGGCGUUAUGGGUCCGCCGCCGCCGGCUGACGGAGGGCCGGUGCCGCCGCCGGACCGGAUUGUGCUGGUAAAUCCGCUGACGCAGGGGAUGGUGGUGCUCCAGGGGGACCCGGAGCUGGUGGCGGAGCUCCUGUCAGGAAGGGGAGCCGGCGGCGGGGGAGGAUCCGGCGGCCCGCCGCCGGCGUCGAGGGCGUCGAUCGAGGCGAUGACGAUGGUGGAGGUUGGGCAGGAGGGGGAGGAGGUGGGGGAGUGUCCGGUGUGCCUGGAUGAGCUCGCCGGCGUGGUGAAGGAGAUGCCGUGCCGGCAUAGGUUUCAUGGGCAGUGCAUCGAUAAGUGGCUGGGGAUGCACGGGUCGUGCCCCGUGUGCCGGUUCCGGAUGCCGCCGGAGGAGGAGGGGGACUCGAAGAAGGGCGGCGGCGGCGGCGGCGGGGAAGAAGGGGAGGCGGAGGAAGAGAGGAGGAGGAGGAGGAGGGAGGUUUGGGUUACGAUCGCUUUGAGCGGGGGACAGGGAAGAGAGGAGGAAGCAAGCGAUCAUUAGGGAGGCAGGUUGAUGCUUUGGGAUUUGAUUUUUUUUUUUUUUUUUUGUUAAGGGAUUCUUUCCCUUUAUGUUUAUAGAGAUUAUGUGCAGUUGAUGAAAGCUGAAGCAAUCUUUUAUUUUUAGUCAACAUUUAUUGAUAUCUAGAUUCGCAUGUUAGAUUUGGCAUGAUUAAUAGAUGUGAGCUCUUAAGAGUUCAAAUUUUUUUAAUUUGUGAUUGAAUUUGAGAGGCCCAAUUAGAUAACCAGUUAUGGAUUUUUGCAUGAUGUCACGGGAUCCUUGUGAUUAUAGGUUGCAUAAAAUGUUCAUGAGAUUGUGAUU